ACAGUAGCAAAGAAGCUGAAGCAGAGCAGACGCAACGAUAAGAAGGCACAACAAUGUGAAAAAUAUUAACGAAAACAAAAUGCUGCUCAAAAAAUAUGUGAAAACGCGACGCAAGGUCAAGAUACUGUUGUUGGUGACCAUUGUGGCUCUCAUCGUAAUUACCUGCAUCAUUUUGCUGGGUUCCUCGUCGGCGACGAGUGGCUCGAAUGUGGAGCGUUUGCUGGACGAACGUUUCAUAGCACGUGCCUAUCAACCGCAAUCGGAGCAGCAGCAGCAACAACAGCAGCCGCGGGAUGUGGCGGCAGCAUUGCUGCAACCACAACGUGAACAUGGUGUCAUAGUGCCGGAGAAAUAUGAUGAGCAAAAGAUCAAGUCACGCAUUAUGCAGAAUCGCCUGCAGCAGCUGAAGCAACAACAGCAACGCGACGCUGAAGCGGAACAGGCACGCACAACGUUGGAUGCACUGGCGACAGCUGUGCACAUUUUCUACACAGCUCCCGUACCGUGGUACAAGUCCAAGAAACCACCAUUGCCAGCGCCCGAGCAUCCCAAUGAGGUGGCACUGCCGUUGACCACGCCAAAGCCCGUGAAGAUUCUAAACACCGCCUUCUACCCAGCGCUAGGGCUGUAUAAGCCAAGUGCCAAGCUUCUGGGUCAGCACUUUGAGAACAUACGCAGCUGUGGCAUUGGAGUGCUCAUCCUGAGCUAUAGCAAGCCCACAGAUCCAGCGCUACUGCAUCAAAUCAUUGAGCUGGCCCCGCAGCACAAUCUGAGCGUCACCUUUGAACUGAGCGUGGCUGGGAAUCGAACCGUGGAGUAUUUGCGUCAACAGCUGCAGGACAUAGCCACAUAUGUGGAGUUGCCUGGGUUCUAUCGCGUAUGGAGCCAAUCUCGUGCCGCAUUGAUGCCUGUCCUCUAUGUCAGCAAUGCCUACAAACUGAGUGAGAGUUUGGGUCGUCAGAUGUGUCACAUCACAGCGCUGUCGAAGCCGCCGGGAAAAGAGGAAGCAGGUGGACUGCGGAGUGUGCUGGAUGCUUUCUUCAUAGGACACAUCAGACUUAAAAGCCAUGCGGAUGUGCUGCGACGUCUAUGCUUCGAUGGCUUCUACAGCAAGCUGCCCAGCAAUGGAGCCGUCUUUGCCAGCACCUGGAAGAAUUGGUCAUAUCUCAAGUCGUAUGCACUGUCCUACAAGAUGCUGUUUGUGCCGACAGUUGGUCCCGGCUUUGCGGAGCGUAAUAAAUUUCCGCGGCACGGCGACAUACAACGACAUCGCAGCAACGGACGCUACUAUGGCGUUGCUUGGCGCACAGCGAUACUCAAUCAUGUGGGCUUCAUCAGCAUUGCCAGCUAUAAUAAUUGGCCCGACGGCAGUCAGAUUGAGGAGGUGGUGCCACGUGCUGGUUUCCUCGAUUACAAUCCGGGAUCGAAGACCAAGUAUUUGGAUUUAACCGCACAUUGGGUGGGCAACUUCUUAAAGACACGUCAGGAGGCAGCUGGAGUUGCUCAAAACUGUUAUGAGCUGCUCAACAAUACAAUAUGUUGAGGGGAUGAGUGAAUUGAUCUGAUCGGGGGGAAUUCAUAUCGACGAGAAUCAAACUGUUGCCUUACCCCGAGGAUGUGGGCAAAGUGUGUGCGUUUACUUUAAAAGCAAAUCGAAAAUUGCAUGCCACGAAAUUACUUUCUUAAAAACUGUUAAAUAAGUCCAGUCUUCUCAUACUCAUAAUCUGCCUAUAUAGCAAACAAUACAAUUAUCUAUGUAUCUGCCAAACAAAAACAUAAAAAAACUAUGUAAAGUGCAAGCAAUAUAUACUCUUAGGUAGUGUUAACACUAGUAUACUAAAAAAACAACAAAACUAAAUGCAAUUAACUUUUUCUUAACUAGGGCUUCAGAGCCAGAUUAUUAAACAUUUUUUUAGCUUUUCGAUAAGUAUUGAAAAUAACGGAAACAACAACAAUAUCAUGCCAUGCCAUAUUAUGUAUACAUAUUACAUACAUAUUCGAGUUUAUAUAGAGCAAGAAUGUAGCAACAACUAAAUAAUUUGUUAAAACGUGAAUAUUACCACUUGUUAAACGAAAGGUACUAAACAAAUUUUAUCUUUAUUACAAGUACAACAUAUAACAAAUUGUAAUUACUUUAUCUAAGCUUUAAUAGAUUAAAUAGUGCUACAAAAUAUUUAUUAUAUAUUGAUCAAAGGCACAAACAAAAAAAAACAAAACGGUUUAAAUGUCUUUUUAACGAGCAUUUCUCAACACUUCCGUAACGGUUAUUGAAAAGUCAUUACGCGAAAAUUAUGUUGGUUUUACUAAUUGAAGAGACAAGCGGAAAUUUGACAAGC